CAAAUUGCCAAAAAUAAUUAAGGUGGACACUAGGUUAUUCUUAUUGCACGCAUACACACACUCUCUCCAUCACUCACGCACUCUCUCUCUCUCAUUACGGUGGAGCAGCAGCUGCCAUUGUUGAACCGCGUGUUCCGUCUCUAGAGUACAGGAAAACUGGCUUGACUUUUAGGCACCAGGAGGGAGAUAUGGCCAAGAAGAAAAACCCAUUUGUUUUUUUAGAUGUGUCUAUUGAUGGAGAUCCAUAUGAGAGGAUGAUUUUUGAGCUCUUUACUGAAGCAGCUCCAAAGACCGCAGAAAAUUUCCGUGCGUUAUGUACAGGUGAGAAGGGAGUUGGCCCCAAGUUGAGGAAGCCCUUGCACUACAAAGGGACCUUUUUCCAUCGGAUAGUGAAGGGUUCUAUGGCUCAGGGUGGAGAUCUCCUCAGAAAAGAGGGUUCAGCUGGGGAAAGUAUAUAUGGGGACAGAUUUCCAGAUGAGUCACCAAAGCUAAAGCAUGACGAAGCUGGUCUAUUAUCAAUGUCUAUUGCUGACAGAGAUGUCCGUGGUUCUAUAUUUAGUCUUUUGUUCAAGGCUAAUCAAAAUUUGGACAGAAAGAAUAUAGUGUUUGGGAAGCUUGUGCAUGGUCAUGAAGUUUUGAAAAAAAUUGAGGAUGCAGGUGAUGAAGAUGGAAGUCCAGCUGUCACAGUUAAAGUUUGCAACUCUGGUGAAUUGAGUGAGAGUGAAAAGAAGAAACUUGGUAAGAAGUUGGGAAAGGAGGCUGGUUCGGAGGCUUAUAGUCAUGAAACACGAAGAAAGGGGAAGCAUAAGAAGUCCCUGCGAGAUAGAAGAAAGAAAAGAAGAAAAUACUAUACAUCCGAAUCAGAUGGUUCUUCUGAUAGUGAUUUGGAUAGUACGGAAUCCGAUACAGAUUCUGAAACUGAUGCAUCCUCAUCAGAUGUCAGUUCCUCUAGUGAUGACAGACGAAAGAAGAGGAAGAAAUCUUCUAAGCGUGAUAAAUAUAAACGUGGGAAGCGCAGAGAUAGACGACGUGAUAAAAAGCGCAAAAGGCAUGACAAGCGUUCAAAACGCAAGUCAAAAAGGGCGUCCGACAGUCUAAGUGACACUGACAGUGAGAGCACCGAGGAAAGCUCUGAGGAUGAGGGUAAUGCAAAGGACUUUAAUCAGAAACACAAGGAUGAUUUGCAGAAAAAUGCUGGGGACCAUCCUCCUGUGGUUGAGAAUGCUGCCAUAGUCAAUAAUCACAAAAGAAGCGAAGAAUCUGAUAAGUUUGAUGAACUUAGAUCAAAAACAGAAAAUGGAGAGCAACGAAGCAAUGGCUAUGACAGAGAUGCAAGAUCUGGCAGAAAUGAAGAUAGACAGCCUGAUGUGGUUGAGGACCACCCAGGAAAAUCUAGGAGCCGGAGUGCAAGUCCUAAAAAGGCUAUGAGUAAAAGUAUGAGUAUCAGCCCCAGGAGUAUGAGCAGGAGCAGGAGUGUGAGCAGAAGUCCAAGUGUUAGCAAGAGUCCCCCUCCAGCUGUACAGAAAAGUCGUAGUGUUAGCCGAAGUCCAGUGAGGAGUGCCAGCAGGAGUCCAGCUAGGAGCCUUAGUAGAAGCCCAGCUAGAAGCCUCAGCAAAUCCCCAGCUAGAAGUCUGAGCCAAAGCCCACCACGAAUCCGUCCUCGACGAAAUGCCAGUGUAAGCCCUGUCACGUCCCCACCUCGAAGAAGUCCCAGUGGGAGCUACCGAGGAGGCUCAUCCCAGAAAUCAAUUGGCAGAAGCCCAGGACGAGUUGGCAGGAGAAGCAGUCCAAGCCCUGUUCGUUCUCGUAGAAGUGUGAGUCCGGUAAGAUCUUCUCAUAGAAGCUUAAGUAGAAGCUCAGGGCGAGCUCCAUCAAGAAGAGUUGCUAGCCGUAGUCCUGUUAGGUCUCCGAGGCGGAGUUAUCGUGGUAGCUACUCUAGAAGUCCUGGCCGACGAAGCCCACCUAUUCGCCAUAGGAGUAUGUCAAGAAGUGCUUCCCCUGAUGGGUCACCGAAACGUAUUAGAAGAGGUAGAGGUUUUAGUGACAGAUUCUCUUAUGCUCGAAAAUACAGGACCCCUUCUCCUGAUCGUUAUCGGUUUGGUGGCCGUGACAGGUAUCCCAGUUACAGAAGAUAUUCUGACCGUUCUCCGAGGCGUUUCCGGAGCCCUAGAAGAUCACCCAUAAGAUAUAGAAGACGAAGAAGCAGGACAAGAAGUCCAAGCGUGUCACGCAGUCCACCUUACCGUCGUCGUUAUAACCGAAGCCCCAUUCGAAGUCGCUCUCCAAGUGAUCCUCCCAGAUACCGUGCAUCUCCUCGUGCUGAGAAGCAGUUGUCUUCUAGUCGAAGUCGAAGCAGGAGUGCAUCAGCCUCAGGGUCCUCUAAGGGCUCCCCACCUCCAAAACGAGCUAGCAAGGAUAGGUCUCAGUCUAGGUCAUCAUCUGGCAGUCCACCAGGGAAAAAGGGCCUGGUCUCUUAUGGAGAUGGAUCUGCUGAGGCCAGCCCUAGGUAGAAAAGUAGCUUUUGAGAUUCUGUGCAUUCCUGCACUAUGGUAGUUGUCCGGUGGAGGGUGUGGCCAAUUUCACAUUGUUUUGGUUACUCUUUUCGGUUGAGCUUAUUUGAGGCAAAUUUAUCUGUGGACUUUGUGAUUAUUAGUGCUUGUUUGUUUAGUGUAUGUCGAAUAAAUAGAUUUUACCGGAUUUUGGUCUUAGUUACAGUAUUAGAUUCUGUUAGACGGUGUCCUGUCGCGGUGAAUAUUAUCAUGUGAAACAAUGUAUGAAGUUAAGUGUUUUGACUCACAUUGAAUCCCGUACUGUUUUAUUUAAUUUGUUCACUCGUA